AUGAAUUGUAUACAUGAAUUAUUUUUUGAACAAGCACUUCUACAUCCACAAAAGAUUGCCAUUGUUUUGAACCAACAAUCUUUAACGUAUAAUGAAGUAUUGCAUUGUGUAAAAUUGCUGGCCGAUUAUUUAAUUCAAAAUCACAAUGUUAAAGUAGGGGAUAUUAUUUGUCAAUACCUCGAGCGAAGUAUCGAAAUGGUUCUUGGGAUUCUGGCAAUUAUAUCGUGUGGUUGCUCAUAUUGUCCAUUGUCUAUCGAUGAUCCCGCUCCUCGUACUCAUUCAUUAAUCGAAGAAACCAAAGCAGAAUGUGUACUUGUACAUUCAUUAACCAAAAUGAAACUAAAUGAUCUUCGUCAUGUUUCUCUUGUAAAUUGUGAACAAAUCAUUGUUGCUAAAUAUAUCACAAAGGUACCACGCACAUGGCCUGCAUGGACGGUAAAAGUGACAGACGAGAAUAUUGCUUAUGUAAUUUUCACGUCAGGAUCGACUGGACAACCAAAAGCUGUGCAAAUACGCCAUCGAAAUUUCGUUUCAUUCAUCAAUGCAGUGCAUCACGAAGAUAUUAUGAAUAAAAACGAUGUCGUUGUUCAAACUGCCUCUUGUAUAUGGGAUCCGCACGUACAAGAAAUAUUAGGUUCAAUGUUAUUUGGUUGUGAAUUAGUUAUGUUGCAGCAACACGGCAAUCGUAAUGUCGAUUAUUUAAUGUCUGUAAUCUACAAAAACCAAGCAACAUUUCUGACCGUCGUACCAAGUUUAUUAAUUAUGUUUGCUGAAUAUUUUCAAAUCGCUGAUAAACUCGAUUAUAUGAAAACCAUCCGAGUUUUACGUUGUGGAGGCGCCGGAGUGUUUCCCGGAUAUUUUAACAACGAAUCAAACGAAAAAUGCUUAUUACAGCUUCCAGACAUAUCCGACGACAAGUGCUAUGUGACCGGAGAUUUAGGUAAAAUUGAUUCUAACGGUGAACUUUAUUUUGUUGGUCGUGUUGAUUUUCAAAUAAAACUUCGUGGUCAACGUAUUGAAAUUGGUGAAAUUGAACGAAUAAUAUUGAAUGUAUCAUCAAACGUAACAAAUUGUGUCGUCAUUAAAUAUCAACAACAACCCGAAGAUCAAGAACAUUUAAUUGCCUAUGUUCAAUCGUCGUCGUCAUCAUCAAAUAACGAAAUGAUUAUCAUCGAAGAAUUGAAACAUUAUUGUCAGCAAUAUUUACCAUUAUAUAUGAUACCAACAUGGUUUAUCGUUUUGGAACAAUUACCAUUGAAUACAAACGGAAAAGUCAACCGUAAACAACUGCCAAAACCUGACUUUUCACACUUAACACAACAACAGGCCAAUGACCAUCAUGUGGACGAACCAAAUGGAGAAAUGGAAAUUGAAAUACAUGCUUUAUGGUGUCGACUCUUAUCCAUUGAUACAUUGUCAAUGAAAUCAAAUUUCUUUUCGAUGGGUGGCAAUUCAUUACUGUUAAUGAAAUUGUACAAUUAUUAUUUAUCGACAUUUUCACUCAACCAACAAAUUAUUAAUAUUGCAAUGUUAUUUAAACAAUCAACCAUUGUGGAACAUGUUCAAUUAUUAAAAAAUGCUUUAUUAAAGACGGUCAAUGAUACUUUCGUGGUGCAACAACAACAAUGGAAACCAUUAAAUAU